AUUUCAAACUCUCUCUCUCGAAUGGCUUUUUUUCAAAUUUCCUGCAAACUGUCUCUUUUGCUUUUUCUUUUCCACUUCAACUUAUUCAGCUUAUGUCUAGGAGCAAGAAAGCUAACUUCUUUGUAUCAACCACCUCCCAUGGCCUUAACUUAUCAUAAAGGUACUUUACUUGAAGGAACCCUUCCCGUAUCCAUUCUCUGGUACGGUGGAUUUUCUCCAGCUCAAAAAUCCGUUAUCGUUGACUUUCUUCUCUCUCUCAACCCACAAAAGCAUCAACAGUCCGCAACUCCAUCUGUGUCCAAAUGGUGGCUUACCAUCCAAACCUACAUGAAAAAUGCUGGCAAAAAGGAGACUCAUAUUACCCUGUCAACCCAAUUCUCUGAUAAAAAUUGCUCUUUAGGCAAAAUCUUAAAGAAACAUCAGGUGUUUGACCUCGCUCAGAAAGUUAACUCGAACCCAGGUGGGUUAACUCUAGUUUUAACUGCAAAAGACGUGGCUGUUGAGGGAUUUUGCAUGAGUAGCUGUGGCUUUCAUGACUCAAACCCGAAAAAGAACUCGGCUUUCAUCUGGGUUGGCAACUCAGUGAGUCAGUGUCCAGGCCAAUGCGCCUGGCCAUUCCACCAACCAAUCUACGGACCACAAACAGAACCACUGGGUGCUCCUAACGGAGACUUCGGCGUGGACGGCAUGAUUAUAAAUAUAGCGAGUCUUUUGGCUGGAACCGUGACCAACCCAUUCGGGAACGGCUAUUUUCUGGGGUCAGCUGACGCGCCGCUCGAGGCUGCUUCCGCUUGCCCUGGGGUGUACGGUGAAGGGGCGUACCCCGGUUACGCCGGGGAAGUAUUAGCGGAUCCUACCACUGGUGCUAGCUAUAAUGCGCACGGUGUUAAUGGGAGGAAGUAUCUGUUGCCUGCUUUGUUCGACCUUUCUACUUCUAAGUGUUCAACGGUGGUUUAAGUGCGAGUGUUGCGUUUGAUGCAAUUCAUUGCACCUAUAUGGUGCUGCCGCUGUUUCUGUACAAACUUGUGAUUUUAGUGGAUGUGUAAAUUUUUUUGAAUCUAAUUUUCUUCGACUUCA